AACCCGCACUCUUCCUCACCGGGCAGACACCCCUCACCCGUCCCGCCCCAAGUGACUCACUGCUCCCCUGGCCUGCAGCCACUGCUGCCUCCUGGCAGGAGACAGGCACAAGGUUUUGCAGAAGCCACGGGGUCUGAUGCGAGAGGGCUGCUCAGCGAGGAGGGUCUGGAGCAGCCGGACAGGCCAGCUCACAGAGGUUGGCCCCGGGACAGCAGGGCCGGUGGCUGAGGCUUACAGUGGCCCGUGGGAGCCAGCGCCUGCCCCUCUCUCCUGGCUUGUAGGCCUUGUCUUUCUUCUUCCCACCAUGAAGAAGGAAGUGACCUGAGAGCCAGCAAAGACAGCCAGCCCCUGGCUAGGAGGAGACCAGGACUGGAGGGCUGCGGCUGCAGGUCCCUGGGCCACUGGCUCUCCCAGCUAGCCAGGCAUGAAGGGCGGUGGCAGCGCCGUGUGGAGCCUUAUGUGGAAGUACUGCAUCUCCGUGAGGACCCUCAGUGUGGAGGGCGAGGCUCCCAGCAGCGAGACUGGCACGUCCCUGGACAGCCCAUCAGCCUACCACCAGGGCCCCCUGGCGCCUGCUUCCAGCCUGAGCCCCGACUGCUACGAGCACGCAUCGGUGGGAACCUAUGGGCUGUACUCGGGCCCACUGGGGCAGCAGCAGCAGCGUUCGCGGAGGCCCAAGCUGCAGCAUUCAACCUCCAUCCUGCGCAAGCAGGCCGAGGAGGAGGCCAUCAAGCGUUCGCGGUCACUCUCUGAGAGCUAUGAGCUCUCCUCGGACCUGCAGGACAAGCAGGUGGAGAUGCUAGAACGCAAGUAUGGAGGCCGCCUCGUGACCCGCCAUGCAGCGCGCACCAUCCAGACGGCCUUCCGUCAGUACCAGAUGAACAAGAACUUCGAGCGCCUGCGCAGCUCCAUGUCGGAGAACCGCAUGUCGCGCCGGAUCGUGCUGUCCAACAUGAGGAUGCAGUUCUCCUUCGAGGGCCCUGAGAAGGUGCACAGCUCCUACUUCGAGGGGAAGCAGGUCUCCGUGACUGAUGACGGCACGCAGCUGGGGGCCCUGGUGCCGUCUGAGUGCAGCGACCUCGGCGAGCCGCCCGCCCUUAAGUCCCCCGCCCCGUCCAGCGACUUCGCAGACGCCAUCACGGAGCUGGAGGAUGCCUUCUCGCGGCAGGUGAAGUCGUUGGCCGAGUCCAUCGACGACGCCCUGCACUGCCGCAGCCUGCACGCCGGCGAGGAGCCUGCUGCCGACACGGGGCACACCCGGGACGCUGAGCUGCCACCGGCCCCGCAUGGCACCGACCACCGCAAACUGGACGAGAUGACGGCCUCGUACAGCGACGUCACCCUGUACAUCGAUGAGGAGGAGCUGUCGCCGCCGCUGCCCCUCUCGCAGGCAGGGCACCGGGCGCCUGGCGCAGAGGCAGACCUGCGGCUGCGGGCCGGGGGCGCUGCACAGGACUACUGGGCGCUGGUUCACAAGGACGACAAGGGGGACACGGACACGAGCUGCCGGAGCACACCGUCGCUCGAGCGGCAGGAGCAGCGGCUGCGGGUGGAGCACCUCCCGCUGCUCACCAUCGAGCCGCCCAGCGACAGCUCUGCGGACCUCAGCGACCGCUCGGACCGCAGCUCCCUCAAGAGGCAGGGCGCCUACGAACGCGGCCCAGGCGGGCCACAGGGCAGCCCCAAACAUGGCCCCACCAAGGGCCUACCCCGGGAGGAGCCCGAGUUGCGGCCCCGGCCCCCCCGGCCCUUGGACAGCCACCUGGCCAUCAACGGCUCGGCCAAUAGGCAGAGCAGGUCCGAGUCUGACUACUCAGACGGGGACAACGACAGCAUCAACAGCACGUCCAACUCCAACGACACCAUCAACUGCAGCUCUGAGUCAUCUUCCCGAGACAGCCUGCGGGAGCAGACGCUCAGCAAACAGACAUACCACAAGGAGACCCGCAACAGCUGGGACUCCCCGGCCUUCAGCAACGACGUCAUCCGCAAGAGGCACUACCGCAUUGGCCUCAAUCUCUUCAACAAGAAGCCUGAGAAGGGCGUCCAGUACCUCAUUGAACGUGGCUUCGUGCCCGACACACCAGUGGGGGUGGCCCACUUCCUGCUGCAGCGCAAAGGCCUCAGUAGGCAGAUGAUCGGCGAGUUCCUGGGCAACCGACAGAAACAGUUCAACCGGGAUGUGCUUGACUGUGUGGUGGACGAGAUGGAUUUCUCUGCCAUGGAACUGGACGAAGCCCUCAGGAAGUUCCAGGCUCACAUCCGGGUCCAAGGGGAGGCUCAGAAGGUGGAGCGGCUCAUCGAGGCAUUCAGCCAGCGGUACUGCAUCUGCAACCCCGGGGUGGUUCGGCAGUUCCGGAACCCAGACACCAUUUUCAUCCUGGCCUUUGCCAUCAUCCUGCUCAACACAGACAUGUACAGCCCCAACGUCAAACCUGAGCGGAAGAUGAAGCUGGAGGACUUUGUCAAGAACCUGCGAGGUGUGGAUGAUGGUGAGGACAUCCCCCGAGAGAUGCUGAUUGGGAUCUACGAGCGCAUUCGCAAGCGGGAACUGAGAACCAACGAGGACCAUGUGUCCCAGGUGCAGAAGGUGGAGAAGCUCAUCGUGGGGAAGAAGCCGAUUGGAUCCCUGCAUCAUGGGCUUGGCUGUGUGCUCUCUCUGCCCCACCGGCGGCUGGUCUGCUACUGCCGACUCUUUGAGGUUCCAGACCCGAACAAGCCCCAGAAGCUCGGGCUGCACCAGCGGGAGAUCUUCCUUUUCAACGACCUCCUGGUGGUGACCAAGAUCUUCCAGAAAAAGAAGAACUCAGUGACGUACAGCUUCCGACAGUCCUUCUCCCUGUAUGGCAUGCAGGUCCUGCUCUUCGAGAACCAGUACUACCCCAAUGGCAUCCGGCUCACCUCUGCUGUCCCCGGAGCAGACAUCAAGGUGUUAAUCAACUUUAAUGCUCCCAACCCUCAAGACCGGAAGAAGUUCACCGACGACCUACGGGAGUCCAUUGCCGAAGUGCAGGAGAUGGAGAAGCACAGAAUAGAGUCGGAGCUCGAGAAGCAGAAAGGCGUUGUGCGGCCCAGCAUGUCCCAGUGCUCCAGCCUCAAAAAGGAGUCCGGCAACGGGACGCUGAGCCGAGCCUGCCUGGAUGACAGCUAUGCCAGUGGUGAGGGCCUCAAGCGCAGCGCCCUCAGCAGCUCCUUGCGGGACCUCUCCGAGGCGGGGUCCCUGCUCAUUUCAAUGGUGCCAGAACCCUGUCGGCCUGAGAUCAAGGACCUGCGUGGACCAGGGACACAGAUGUGACUAGGGCCUCAGUGCCUGGCCCAGAUCAGUCAGGUCCUGAGGGACAGUAUCCCCAAGCCUCCGAGGCCCUCCUGCCCCUCCCAGCCAAGCUGCCCAACACUAGUCUCCAGAGAGAGGCUGUCUCCCAGAGACCAUGGGACCCGCCUGCACCUGUUCCUCUAGGGCCCAGCAAGAGACCUGCCAUGCUCUGCACCAGGGCAGUCCUCUCGGGAGAUUUGGUGGCUCCCGGCAGCUGGUGUCCAAAGCAGCACCUGCUCAGCCUCCAGCUGUGCUGAUACUGAGAAGCAGAGAAAAGCUGUGAAGAGCCCUGCUGGGAACUCCUUCCAGACACAGUUCCUGAUCCUGGCCAUUGUUGGCCUGGCAGGACUUCAUCGGGUUCUAGAUGAGGCACCGGGUGGGGGGGUGCUCACCAGGAGCUGGUGCAAGACCCCACGAGAGAGGGAGUGUACCAGGAGACAGCGUGCAGGUGAGGACAGUGUGGGUGCGUGGGCUAGAGCCACUUUCCCAGCAUGCCUCACCUCCAUUAGCACAUGAUAUGCACCUGUGUGCACAUACCUGGCCACUGGCCUGUAGUGAGCAGGUGUCUGUGGAGUGAGCCCGUGAGUAGGGCCUCUGGGACUGGACUGCAGACAGCUCCUGUAGGGACACCUCAUAUCCAUGCUUAUUCAGGAAGUUGAAAAAAUGGAUUCUGAGAAACUUAGCAUUGCUCAGAGACAUCCAAGCUAAAACUGUCCUAAGUCUUGGCCCACUUGGGGGCAGGAGGAGAAGGGUUUUGCUCCACUUCAGGUCAGAUACCGUAUGGAGCCCCCAAACCUAGCUCGAGGCCUGGCCUAAGCCCCCUUGGUAGAAGCAUGUCAGCCAGAAGACAUUGCUAGGCACUGGUGGGGCAGGCUGGCCUUACUCUGUCUCUGGUUUUCAGGUAGGGGGGUCGUCUAGGCUUAGAGGGGGCCAGAGAGCUGACUUUCAAACCCCAGAAACAGCUAAGAGCUGACUUCAGCAUUUCUGCAUGGUGCCGCAAGAUCCUGAGUGAUGCUUGGGUCUACCCUACUCAGACGGGAAUGCAUACCCAUUUCACAGAUGCAGGAAUGGUUGUAAAGAAUCAAAGGAGUGCCAAGGGUGGUUGCCUCUCCAGCCAAAGAGCCUCGUCCUACUCUAUGUCCCUGGACCCCUCUGUUGGGACAAAAAGCAGGAAGGGAAGAAGGUCAGCCUCUCUUCUUGAACCUGCUGAAAGAAGAGGAUAUGUGACCCCUGUCUUUCUUCCAGCUGGGAAUAAGGGCCAAGUCCUAUGUGAUUCUCUCCAGUCCUCAGCAAUGGGUGGAGAGCACUCUUGCCCAGGUCUUCUGCGUGGCCCUGUCCUGAGCGAGCUCUGAGGCCCUCUCACACAUGCCAGAGUCAAGCAAAGCUCCCAGCUGGGACUCAAGUGUGGGGUCGGCAGGCCAACCAAAGGGACCGGACAUCCCCGAGUCCACUGUCGUAUGUCCAGGAUCAAGGCUCUGUCCCAGUACACGCGGACGCCACAGUGAGGCCUGAAGGACGCACAGACCCACUCUCUACCCCGCACAGGCCAGGGUGUGGGCCACAGAGAGGCCUGUUGCAGCCUUUCCAUCUUUGAGGCUGUUGGGCUCAGCCUGCCUUCUGCUCAGAAGGCAGCUCGGCCAAGCUCCCCACCCCAGAAGUGGGCAGGGGAGCCUGGGUGUGAGUCCUCGGCACUCAGGGACGCCUGUCCUGCAUUGCUACGGGGCUUGACCAAGAACAACCAUGUUUGGCUCAUGGCCAGGGCAGUACAGGUGGAAGUUUCCAGAAUGUCAGGUAGGAGGCCCCUCCUCUGUCCCCUCUUCCAACCUGCCUUCCUGCAGGCUGGUCAGAGACUGGACCCAGAAGCCUGGGCACCCACCAUUCCCACCAGCCUCAGAUCCUACAGGAAUCCAUGGAGAGGGCCUCCAAAGGGACUGUGGAGGCCAGAGUGAGCCCUAGGCCUCCGGAACCAAGAAGACACAGCCUUCCUCUAACACAGCCAGCAUAUGUUAAGUGCCUACUGUGCGCCAUGUGCUCAGGGUGGGGGUGGGGUAGUAAAAGGCCAUGGGCAGGCAGCACUCACAUCUGCGGGAACACUUAGGGCAUCCGGAGGGCGGGUGCCCAUGGAAGGGAAGCAGCACUUCGGACUCUCCCAGCAGCCCUGGACCCCAUCUCCUGCCUCUGGCCAGGGCACUGCACAAACCAAAUGGUAGGCUCCAGAGGCACCAGUACAUCUGAGCUCCCCAGGAAGAAAAGACAGGACACCCAGUUUAGUGUCCUCCCACCCAUCAACCCCACCCUGCCUGCAAGGGGGGGAUGUAUAUGUAUGUAUGAAUAUGCAUAUACAUAUGCAUAUGAAAUCCACGCAGUCAGGGACGGGCAGGUCCCCAUUUUGUUUGUUUUGAGCCAUCAGCGAAGCUGACCCUGGCCCAUCCCCUGUUGGCAGAUGGCUGGGGCCACAGGGCCUGGCUCCCCCUCCCCCCGACGACCCAGCCCCCCUGGAGGCACCCGCGCCCCCCACCCCCACCUGACUGCCAGUCCAAGAGAAGGGGUAUAAAGUUGGGGCUGGUUGAAAACGAAUUUUUUUUUCUUUAAACUCCCCUCGUUUUUUGUUUUUUGGGUUUUUUUCUUUUCCUUAAACUCGUGUCUGCCCUGCCGCGGGCUUCCCCACGGAGCCAGCCCUCUGACCCCCGGGCCUGCGGUGGCGGCGGUGAGCCCGGGCCAGGCAGGUGGCGGCCCGGGGCCGUGUCUAACUUGUGGUAUUGCAUGUUC